GUAGCGCAACGCGGAAGUACUAUAAACAAAUAAGAAGCGGUGGUCUCAUCCGGGAACUUUGUACAAUCCCUAACUAUCUGGGUGGGGUUUUUUUUAAUCGUCUUCCUUAGCGAUAUAACGACGAAUCAAACAUCUAGUUUUUGUCCUUGUAAAAAUUUAAAACAAUAUCGAAGCGCUAAUGCUAACGGGAAGCUUACACUAACAAUAGCAAUGCGGGUGUUUAUGGGAUGUGUAGUUUUUUCGGCUUUGAGUACACCGUCGUCAGCAAAAACACACAAUCUAUCGAAACGCCGUUAGGACAGUGUAUACGAGGGCAAAUCGGCGAUUGAAUAUCUAACACAAGAUGUAAAGCAAACAGAAAUGCCUUUUUAAAAAGUUAGUUUACCAAAACUAAUGUAGCAAUCUCGUUUGGGAGCGGUGUGACGUCACGUCGAAGGCGACCUGUUGAGAACUACGAUUCCCAUAAUCCUUCAGGGGGCACGUGAUUGUCUCAUGCUACACUGUCAGCUGUACCGCGGUGGAGAAAACCGGCAGAUGGAAUUCAGUGUUGUUUACGCUUCGGACUCGAGUCACAGGUGCAGAGAUGUGUCCAGAGACGGAGAAGCUCACUGGCCUGAUCGCAGCUACGUUCACGCCGCUCACUCCACAAGGUGAGCUGAACCUGGCGGUGAUCGGACCGUACGUCGACUACCUGCUGGAGAAGCAGAGCGUGCACAGUGUCUUCGUGAACGGGACGACGGGUGAAGGCUGCUCUCUCACCAUGCAGGAACGGAAGCAGCUGGCGGAGGAAUGGUGCCGUCAGGGCAAAGGGAAACUGGACCGGGUCAUCGUUCACGUCGGCUGCCUGAGCGUAAAAGAAUCUCAAGAACUGGCACGUCACGCCGCGUCGGUAGGAGCCGACGCCAUCGCAGUCAUCUCGCCGUUUUUCUUCAAACCCAGUAAUGCAGAGGCGUUACGGAUGUUUCUGAAGGACGUGAGUUCGGCAGCCCCACAGCUUCCUCUCUACUAUUAUCACUUACCCAGCAUGACUGGAGUGAAGCUGAACGUGAGUGAAAUUCUGGAGGGCAUCGAGAAGCAGAUCCCGUCGUUCAGAGGGGUGAAGUUCAGCAGCGUGGAUUUAGGCGAUCUGGGACAGUGCGUCAGUUACUGCCGUCUUCGCGGUUGGUCCGUCCUCUACGGAGUGGACGAGCAACUGCUGGGAGCCCUGCCGCUGGGAGUCAACGGUGCCGUGGGAAGUACGUACAAUUACGCAGGUAACGUCAUGAACGGGAUGCUGAGUGCGUACGAAAAAGGAGACCUUCCUCUCGCUCAAACCCUCCAGGUUAAGUUGAAGGACACCAUCACGUUCGCAACGAGUCUGGGCUUCGACCUGGCCAUGAACAAGCAGAUGAUGAGUCUGUAUUCCGGCCUGCCGAUGGGUCCUCCGAGGCUGCCGCUACUUCCGUGGCCUUCUGAUACCAUUCAGGACGUCGUUAAGAAACUCCAGCAGGACAUGGCAGACCUGUCCUAAAUAAAACAACAGCGCCGUGAUAUAUCAGCCACACUAAAUACGCGCAGGUCGUUUGAUCAAUACUUCAGCGGAAAAAAAAAAGACUAAUCUAGCCAGUAAUACUGAAAUCCUACUGUACUUAUCAAGAUGUAGUUUUACGUAACACGUGAUAUUUUUUAAAUAUUUUACGACAUGUACAUGAAGCAUGCCUCGUGAAAGCCGGAACAGGUUUCUUCCUUCCAUCGAGUUUCAUCGGAUACACACUGAGAAAUAAACGCUAACAAAUUCGCCAGCGAGGAAGAACGAUACAAACUGCGAGUGAGAAAUGUGCGCUCGGUGAUUUCCCACGGGCGCGAGGUACAUCCGCUCGUCCUGGUUUCUUUGAUCGAUACACACGAGUGUACUCUCUUAUAUCUUCUACGUUAAUUAUACAUGAUUCUUUAUUCUUUGAUUCAAAACAUUCCAUACAUCAAUCGCAACAUAAUCCUGCGCUCGAUGUGUUUAAAUGCCGGUGGAAGGUUAAGUCGCUCUCUUCGUGGUUGAAAUACAUUUCGAAGUCAUUAUUACGCCUUUUCUGGGUUAAAACGUUUCUUAACACUGUGACCGAUUGAUUAUUUUAACUCUUGAUCCGACGGAUUAUAUCGUAAUCAUGUUUCAAACCAAAGUCUGAUCAGAGAAGUUCACACGUUUUAUUAGUACUGUAUUCGCUUGAAAUGGUUGCUGUUUUUAUAGUGGCUGACCACGUCCAUUUCACACAGAUAUCAAAUAUAAACUAAUACACAGUAUAUACUACUCAAUCGUUUAGUAGAUCAUGUAACAUGUCUGUUUUGUGGACUGCUAUUAACCCUGACCGAUAAAAUGACUCCAGCUCCGUACAUCAACAUCCAGAUCGUCCGUCCGUCCAUCCAUCUUCUAUACCGCUUACUCCUUCUCAGGGUCACGGGGGAACCUGGAGCCUAUCCCAGGGAGCAUCGGGGACAAUGCGGGGUACACCCUGGACGGGGUGCCAAUCCAUCGCAGGACACGAUCACAUACACACUCACACACCCAUUCAUACACUACGGACACUUUGGAUACACCGAUCAGCCUACCAUGCACGUCUUUGGACUGGGGGAGGAAACCGGAGUACCCGGAGGAAACCCCCGCAGCACGGGGAUUAUCUUAUUAUUAUCAGAUUUGGUGGGGGUUCGUGUUUUUGGGGGUUUUUUUGGGGUUGGUUUUUGUAUUUUACUUGUAGGUUUGUAAAUUAAGGAUGUGCCUUCUGUGUAAUUUUAUUAUUCAGGUAUUUCGAUAAGACUUGAAUGAAUUGGUUUUCGGUUAAACGCGUGGGUGGGGGGGUGGUCAUAUGGAGAUUUGUCGUCAACAUAUAUAACCGGGUUUAUUUAGUGUACUGUACCUGUAGCGUAUAUUCCUUUAUCACUAGGAGAUAUGAUACUUCUGAUCACUAUUAACGUGUUUCUACAAAUGUCGUUUCAUUUCAGUGUAAUAAAUGAAAAUGUAUUUUAUACAAUUGUCUAAAAAAAUAAAUCAAGUAUAACGCUUCUGUCCUAAAUUCCUGGAAGUGAAGUAAUGCACACUAAUAAUAAUAAUAAUAAUAAAAAGCAGAAGAAAAAAGUA